AUGACUCUCGAAAGUUUCGACAUCGACAACAUGCCUCCAUAUCUCGCCAUGUCACACGUUUGGUCCGAAUCACUAUUCCCCGUAUCCCACCUCGCCAACUCCGAAGUAGACAUCUCAGACGGUCUCAUCAUGCUAGAAACCGUCCUCGAAACCUACAAAGAGCUAUCUCAGAUCGAGUAUUGCUGGACCGACACCUGGUGCAUAGACCAAAACGACCCCGAGGACAAAUACCAGCAAAUCCCUCAGAUGGGCCGCAUUUACCAAAAUGCAGUGGCGGCGGUCGUGACUGUCAGACAUCAGUUCUCGUUUGAUCAAGCGUAUUGGGAUGAAAUUGUAGGGGAACUAGAAGCUGCGUUUGAUUUCAUGAACGACAUCGACAUUGAGUUCCUUCCAAAAGCAGCGGCUUUAUAUAAACUGCCGCGUAUCUCUAAACUUCUCGAGAAGGCCGCGCUGGUUCUCAGCGAGUUCAACAACCUAACAUGGAUGAAGCGCGUCUGGACAGCCCAGGAAUACCUCCUAGCAGCCCGAGUGAUUUGUAUCGGAGAGGACCUGCGACCAUUUUAUCUAAAGCCUGAGCAUGCUAGAAUGGUGAUGUUGAUAUGCGCGAGUGAUUCCGGCAAGUACGAUCAUAUCCUCCAGGGUUGUGGGAAUCUGGAUAUGUUGAAUCGAACUGCGAAGGGUCAAUGUGAUUCAACGCUUGCGAUGAUUCUGGCUGAAGAUCGCGAGUCGACGGUGCCCGAGGAUGGGAUUUAUGGGCUUAUGGCUGCGAGUGGGGUUGUUAUCACGCCCAUGAGAAAUGCUAGUAUUGAAGAUAUCUGGUUAUCGUGGUGCGAAGCAAGCGUCAAAGCAGGCCAUCUCCUCUGGAUCAUGCUCCCCUUCUCCCCCCCCUCCCAUCCCCAAAACUGCAUCAUUCCCUCCCUAACCCACCGCAACACCAUCCACCAAGGCGUCCAAGCCACUCCCCUCCUCGGCCCCGUCUCCCUCUCCCCCAUCGGCACCCUCACCUUCUCCGCCUACCUCGCCGGCACCUGCACCAUCCUUCACAGUUUCCCAUUCGUCGCCGACUUCCCCCAGCCUGCCGACCUAGUCGCCAGCGUCAACGGGGACCUCCACCUCAUGACCCUCGUCUGCGAGGCUCUCACCAUCGGAAUCCAAACAGCCGCCGAAACAAGAAAAUACGCAAAAGAUCUCUGCGCAGCGUACCAUCACGCCCGUCGUCAUCCCUCGCGACGCCCAAAACACGUCCCGCACGUCCAAUUCAACAACUCCCACGCCGGCCCCGCACACCUCGCCCUCAUCAAAUCACCGCUCAAAACCACACCCGUGAUCUUCUGGUCCGCAGCCGACCUCCCUGAAGGCAGGCUGAUAGCCGUCGAUCUCAACGCCCAGGUCGUGGCUAGAGAUGAGCUGGAGGGGCGGACGUUUUUGAUACUUAGUGUGCCGCCCGGGGGCGAGAGGAGCGGGAGGGCCCUGCAUAAGGUUGGGCCGACGAGUCAUGUUUUUGUGCCGGGGGAUGGGGAUUUGGUUAGGGCGAGGGUUUAUGGGGGACAUGUGUUUCGGGGGCCGGUGGAGAGGUGGAGGGUUGGUGGGGGGGAGUGCUGGAGGUGUGGGGGGAGGCGGUGA